CGACGCUGUACGACAAUGUUCACGCCGCGCCGCUGUGCGGCUCCGGCGUGGGCCACCCUGGCUCCGUCACGCCGAUGGGGACAGCCACCGGAGCGGGGAAUUCCACCGGGGUGACCUGGUGGGCCAUGAUGAACGGUUCCCUCUACGAGGACAGCCCGCCACCGGUCCCACCAACAGCCUCGAGCCUCGUAUCGAUUCAACAACAGCAACAACAACAACAACAACAACAAGCUACAUCGACACCAGGCUCCCAUCAACAAGCAACGACACCGACAUCACCUGCUGCACCGGCGUCGACGGGUACGACAGCGCCUUCGGCGCCAACAGCGAGCGCCAGCUCGACAUCGCCGAGCGCCUCAUCGGUGGCGAGCAACAGUGCUCCAGGACCGCUUCAUAUACCAGCGAAACGAUUGACAGCGACACCGGCCACGUCCUCGUACGGGGAGGUUACCUGCGUCGAGUCAUCAGGACCGCCCGCCGCUGGACCAGCGGGCGUCAUACGUCAUUCCCACUCGUCCUCGGCCGGCUCCCAAGGCGGCUGGAGUUACAGUCCCCAUCAUCCCCAGGACUCGCAUUACACGUCCGCGGCGGCCGCGGGUGAUUCGUUGAAUCAUCAUCAAACGUACGGGGGCAACAAUCCCCCGACCUAUUACAAUCUGGCGGCCGAUCCGACAUCGACGUCCGGUUCCGCGAGGGACAACCGGAAAGCCGGCACGUUAAGCUUCUGGUCGCCGGCCGCGGCAACCGCUGGCUCGGCAGGGAGCGGUGGUGGUUCCGCAGCCGAUUACAAGUCCUACAACUCGGCCGGCGUGGCGACCACCAGCUCCUCGACCGGUGGCGGUUCGUCCUCGGUCGCCACUGGAGCCACAGACCCGGCCGUGUCCUCCUGUCAUCAGAGCUUCUCGCAGAGCUGGUGCAAUUACUCGCCGUACACAACCGCCAGGCAUCAUCAUCCGGUCGACACGGCCGGUCAUCAUCAUCCACACUCGCAAGCAGGGGUCCCAUACUUGACGCCGUCCGCGGCGGACGAUCGGGGCAGGGUCACUGCCGCGAUGGUCGCGGCCGAAGGCGCGUUUCCUCACGACGGAUACGGUAGCCUAAGGAAUUACGGGGCACCGGAGCCUGUCACGUCCAGCCCGUAUCCACCUCCAGUGAUGUGGGGUUCCUCCCCAUCUUCGUUGUUUCCCGCAGGUUCCCUGGCGGGGGUCGGCGUCGGGGUCGGUGUCGCCGGGAUGGGGGUCGGUUGCGGCAGCUCGAACCCGCUCGAGUGGACCGGCCAGGUGACGGUACGGAAGAAACGCAAACCGUACUCGAAGUUCCAGACCCUGGAGCUCGAGAAGGAGUUCCUGUUCAACGCGUACGUCUCCAAGCAGAAACGCUGGGAACUGGCGCGGAAUCUCAGUCUGACCGAGCGACAGGUGAAGAUCUGGUUCCAGAAUCGGCGGAUGAAGAACAAGAAGAACAGCCAACGGCAGACACAGCAGCAGAACAACAACAAUAACAACAACAACAACAACAGUAGCGCGAACAACGCGAAUCACCAUGGGGCGACCGGAAGCCAUCAUCAUCCGAGCGCUGGUCACGCGCCACCAUCGAGUCACCACGUGGUCGCGCAGGCGCACCACGCGAACGGUUCAGCGAAGCAUCAUCAGUGA